AUGGAGGUGGGGGGGGGCCGCCGGCUGCGGAUCCUGGAGGAUCUCAACAUGCUCUACAUCCGCCAGAUCGCCGCCAGCAUCCAGGAGCCGGAGCUGCAGCGGGCUCUGGAGCGGGCACUGCGGGUCCGGGAGGGGGCUCGGCGGCUCCUCCCCGCCUGCAGCCGCCCCGAGCAGGCGCUGGAGACCACCAAGACCCUGGUGCUGUGCGAUGCCAGGGUGGUCGCGGCCGGGGGGGAACUGCAGCGGCGCCAGGAGGCUCGGCUGAGGGGGGCCCGGCGCCCCUCGGACGCCGGGCCCGGGGCUGAGCGGGUGCCGUGCCGCGGCACCGUCUGCAUCUCAGAUUUGCGCAUCCCGCUGAUGUGGAAGGACACCGAGUACUUCAGGAACAAGGGGGAGCUGCACCGCUGUGCUGUGUUCCUGCUGCUGCAGGUGGGGGCCGAGAUCCACGACACCCCCACAGUGCUGGUGGACCGGACCCUCACCGACAUCUGCUUCGAGGGCGCCGUGCUCUUCUCGGAGGCGGGUCCCGAUUUCGAGCUGAAGGUGGAGCUGUACAGCGCGGGGCUGCCCGGCGGGGGGGCGCAGGGUAGCACCCCCAAAAAGCUGGCGACGCGUCUCAGCACCUCCCUGGGCCGCUCCUCCGGGCGCCGGGCACGGGCGGCCAUGGAGGGGGGACCCGGCAGCCCCCCGGGCACCGGCGGCACCGGGGCACUGCUGCUGCCCCCGCCCGAGCAGAGCCCCUGCUGGGUGCCCCUCUAUGGCCGCAUGUGCUGCCGCCUGGCGGCCAGGCCGAGCUGCAUGGACACCCCCGCGGCGACAGGGACACUGCGGCUGCAGGUGAGGGAAUGGGAUCGGGAAUGGGAUCGGGAAUGGGAUAUAGGGAUGGGAGUGAGGAGUGGGAUAGAGGAAUGGAAUAGAGGGAUGGGAUAUAGGGGUGCCCUGGUGCCGCAGGACACGCGGGUGCGUGCAGUGGAGUCGGGGGGCCGCGGGCAGCCCCCCGGGGUGGCUGUCACCAACCGGCUGGGCGGGGAGGAGGUGACACACGCGCUGGUGGCCGAGAGCGCGGCCGAGGCCCAGCGCUGGCUCGAAGCCUUUGGGCAGCACCUCUUUGACUUGGCCCAGUGGAAGCAGUGCUGUGAGGAGCUGAUGAGGAUCGAGGAGCCCCCCCCGCGCCGCCCCCCGGUCCCGCUGCCCCCCCAGGGCUCGCUCUACCACCAGACAGCUAUUGACCCCUCGGAUGACAUCGCGGCGGUGACCGACAUCCUGACACGGCACGGGGGGGCUCCCCGUGCUCCGGGGCCCCCCCCGUGGCUGUCGCUGUUCGAGGGCCCCCCCCUGCGCAGCCCCAGCCCCCCCCGGCGGAGCCGACCCCGCACCCUGUCCCUCGACGCCCGGCUCGGCACCCUGAAGGGGUGGGUGCUCAGGGUCUAA